ACAGCUGACUAGCCCAGCCGGGUAGAGGGAGAGGUGGGGAACGAAACGACAGACGGUGGAAUUGCAUGGAAGACUCACCGCACUCUAGUAGAAACACCGAUAUUGAAAGGCUGGAGCUGCUGUGAUCUGAGGCACUGUCCCUACAUGCCUGUACCAGUCUAAGGACUCCAGUAGUUGCUUUCAACCCUACCAUCUCCACUUUACCACAGAACCAUAGGGUCCAACCCUGGCCUCUGCUCCAAGGAGCCACCUAACCGCCCUCCACACCCGUUGAUGGUUCUAGAAGCCUCAGAAGAUCUGAGCUGCUUGUCUCCCACACGACGGCAGGCCAUGCAUUUUGCCUAAACCCACCCCCCCUCUUCCUCUCAACCAAUCCGAGGCAGCCAUGAACCCCCAGGAGGCGGAGUUAGGCCAGGAACUGAGCGAGGACGUGGAAGCCGACUUGCCCCCUCCUCAACGCCGUCGCCACGACAACAACACUGCCACAAACAGCAGGCGACCCCGGCAGCCUAGCAACCAUAGUAGUGAAAACAACAACGACGCUGCUCCGCGCUACAGGAGGUAUAAUGAGGCCCCUGGUGCAGGUGUCAGCAGAAUCAGAGGAGCCCCACAGCGGAGGUCAACAGAGGAGCCAGAGGCAGAGCUGCACCAGGGGGCCCAGUCUCCUCCCCAGCAGCCUCAGCCCCAGCAGGCCCAGGGUCAGUCUCUGCCCAUCCCGCGACCCGCAGUGACACGUUACCGCAGACAGGAGGACAGUGAGGCCAGACUCAGAGCACAGCAGCAGAGACACACACAGAGACAGCAGAGAGAGGCUGAGAGGGCCCAGCAACAACAACCACCACCACCAGGCCCACAGCCUGUUCACUCUCUACCCCCACAACUAGAUGAGACGGAGGAACAACCACCUCCACCAGGCCCACAGCCUGUUCACUCUCUACCCCCACAACUAGAUGAGCCGGAGGAGGAUGAGGGGGAGAGAGAGAGGGAGAGAGAGGGUGAUGAUCAUGCAUUAGCUCGUUCUGCUAGCACGGAAAGUGGUUUCCACACACACACAGACCGGGCGGAGGGCGACGCCGUCAUGACACUAGAUCCUGAGGCAGAGGACGACUGCGGUACCUACGAGGUGACCCUUCGCCCAGAGGCAGAGGGAUACACAGAGAGUGCUGAGUCAGAGCAACAACACCCCCACCCCAACCUGAACCUCAACUACCCACCUCUGCCCCCUCCCUUACCCCGGGAACCCCUACCAGAUGUUGGGAGACCCCCCAGUCAGGAGGAGGCAGAGGAGACCCUGAACCCUGGAGGAGGUUACUCCAACUACGUGUACACCCAGCCUCUCUACCGCCGUGGGGGAGGGGCCAGCAGAAAAGGGGGGCGGGACAGUAACAUGGAGGAAGGGGUGGAGCCAGAAGACGAGGCGUAUUCUGAAGCCUACGACUACUCCCUGACAGAACACGUCUACGAGGAGAUCGGCGACGCUCUCUCUUCUGCCGCAAAGGUUGCAGAGCCUAUGGACGCCAAUGAGAACCUCCAGCAGAGGAAGGCAGGGUUCCAUCUGUUUGAGGGGCGGGAAGGAGGCGGGGACUACCGACAGCAGGAGGCGGUGGGGUCACGGCUCCACCACUACGAUGAACGCUCGGAUGGGGAGUCGGACAGCCCGGAGAAGGAGGCGGAGUUUGCUCCGUACCCACGGGCAGACAGUUGCGACCAGGACGGGGAAGAGGACAUCGACAUGAUCGUAGCCGAGGUCAGGGAGAGUCUCAGCUCUCAGAGUCUGGAGAGAGCUGCUGCCGGGCUACGGGAGGGAGGAGAGGAAGAGGACAUGAUGGAAGGAGGAGAGGAAGAGGAGGGAGAGUGGCCCGAAUCCGAACACGCUCACAAUUCUCAAUCCGAUGCGCCCACAGACUCCACAUACCGCAAGGGAGAGAUAGAAGGAGAGGGAGAUGAGAGUGAAGAAGAGAGCUUCCCACCCUCAGCAGAAUCUGACGACUGGUCUGGGGUUCGCAACAGUCGUGAAAAGAGAGACGCCAUCUCCCUGGCCAUAAAGGACAUCAAGGAGGCCAUAGAAGAGGUGAAGACCAGGACGGUGAGGUCACCCUAUACCCCUGAUGAACCUAAAGAGCCCAUUUGGGUGAUGAGACAGGACCUGAGCCCCACCGCUGAGUGCUGUGACCUGCAGCCCUCACUAGGUGGCGACUCUCCAGGCUCAGACUCUCAGGCCUCUCCUCAGGGGGCGGAGUCUUCUGUCCGGACGCCCAUGCUCGAGGGGAGUGACAGCUUCGAGUCUCCACCGCCCUCCACUAAAGAGUCCAGGAGAAGCCUCGCCUCCUUCCCUACCUAUGUAGACGUCCCAGGUCCGUGUGACCCAGAGGACCUGAUUGAUGGGAUCAUAUUUGCUGCUAACUACCUGGGCUCCACCCAGCUGCUGUCUGACAAGACGCCCUCCAAGAACGUCCGUAUGAUGCAGGCCCAGGAGGCCGUCAGCCACAUCAAGCAGACUCCAGAGGGUGAGGCCCAGCCCAUGACAGAGGUGGAUCUCUUCAUCUCCACCCAGAGGAUCAAAGUCCUCAAUGCUGACUCACAGGAGACCAUGAUGGAUCACACCCUGAGGACCAUCUCCUACAUCGCUGACAUCGGCAACAUCGUGGUUCUGAUGGCGAGACGCCGUAUGCCCCGCCCAGACUCAACGGACAGUGUGGAGGUGUCUGAACCUGACCAGGAGGAGAAACAAAGCCAGUACAAGAUGAUUUGUCACGUUUUCGAGUCGGAGGAUGCCCAGCUGAUAGCCCAGUCUAUAGGCCAGGCCUUCAGUGUGGCGUACCAGGAGUUCUUGAGGGCCAAUGGCAUCAACCCAGAGGAUCUGAGUCAGAGAGAAUACAGUGAUCUGCUCAACACUCAGGACAUGUACAAUGAUGACCUCAUACACUUCUCCAAGUCUGAGAACUGCAAAGAUGUCUACAUUGAGAAGCAGAAGGGUGACAUUCUGGGCGUGGUGAUUGUGGAGAGUGGGUGGGGCUCCAUCCUGCCCACAGUCAUCAUCGCCAACAUGAUGCAUGCUGGUCCAUCUGAGAAGUCUGGUCGUCUGAACAUCGGAGACCAGAUCAUGUCUAUCAACGGGACCAGUCUGGUAGGACUACCCCUGUCUACCUGCCAGACUAUCAUUAAGGGUCUGAAGAACCAGUCUCGUAUCAAGCUGAACAUCGUAAGGUGUCCUCCCGUAACCACGGUGCUCAUCAGACGACCUGACCUCAGAUACCAGCUGGGCUUCAGCGUACAGAAUGGCAUUAUCUGCAGCCUUAUGCGAGGGGGCAUCGCUGAGAGGGGAGGAGUCAGGGUUGGCCACCGCAUCAUCGAGAUCAACAGCCAGAGCGUAGUGGCCACACCCCACGAGAAGAUUGUCCACAUCCUGUCCAACGCCGUGGGAGAGAUCCACAUGAAGACGAUGCCAGCUGCCAUGUACCGCUUGCUAACUGCCCAGGAGCAACCCGUUUACAUCUAGAACCGACCUCACCUUCUGACUUUAUCCUGACCCCUGACCCCCAGCAUCACUGCACCCUCUGUGUGUGAGGCAAUUCCUCCCCCUCUCCCCAAACCCCAGCUCACCAUUGGAGAAUGAAGCUUAUAUAGCCUUAUGAGUGGACCUAUCAUGUGCUCUGGAUUACUCUCCAAUCCGAUUGUUUUGCUGUGGAGAGUAGAGGUGGGCUGUACCAGACAGCUUGUUCAAGCCCCUCCCAUCCCGAGGGUCGUUUCCUGCCCUUCUCUCUCGUUCUCUCCCUCCUCUCUCUCUCUCUCUCUCUCUCUCUCUCUCUCUCUCUCUCUCUCUCUCUCUCUCUCUCUCGUUCUCGUUCUCGUUCUCGUUCUCUCUCUCUCUCUUGCCGGCUGCACUCAUCUGGUAUGUAAUGGUUACCUCUGUGUUCUCCCACAACACAAACAAGAAGAGAAGGAGUGUGAAACCUGCUGAUUAACAAGUGUUACCACUCUGAACAACCAGUCACAUAUUCUUCCUCAUAACAUUCCACACCUUCCAGCUAACAUUAACGAGAGUCGAGGCAGAGGAUGAAAGACUCUGGUAGCCCACCAGAACAGAUGAAGAAAACUAAUCGUUUCCAACUUUAGUUUUUCCCUUUCUUUUGUCUCCAGUAUGUUUUUAUGGCUGAGAUUUGGGCUGAUUUAUCCAACAUUCCAAGCUGCUUUAUCUCUUCUCUAUGCCCAGACAUCUGUUAUUGUCUGAACUCAUCUCAUCCAGAGGAGGUACAUUAUCAAUCAAAUUCAAUCUAAUGUAUUUCUAAAGCCCUUCUUACAUCAGCUGAUGUCUCAAAGUGCUGUAUAGAAACCCAACCUAAAACCCCGAACAGCAAACAAUGUAGAUGUAGAAGCACUACACCCACUCAAUGAUUUACAACCUUCAAAGGAAUCCAUGUUCCCUUACAAAAACAUACGCGUUGUCCAGGAAAACCAGUUCUACGAGCCCGGAGACUCGGUGCGGUUCCAGUCACGUGCACGGCUGAUAUUGGUCUACUCACAUCCAGUCACGUGCACGGCUGAUAUUGGUCUAUUCACAUCCAGUCACGUGCACGGCUGAUAUUGGUCUAUUCACAUCCAGUCACGUGCACGGCUGAUAUUGGUCUAUUCACAUCCAGUCACGUGCACGGCUGAUAUUGGUCUAUUCACAUCCAGUCACGUGCACGGCUGAUAUUGGUCUAUUCACAUCCAGUCACGUGCACGGCUGAUAUUGGUCUAUUCACAUCCAGUCACGUGCACGGCUGAUAUUGGUCUACUCACAUCCAGUCACGUGCACGGCUGAUAUUGGUCUAUUCACAUCCAGUCACGUGCACGGCUGAUAUUGGUCUAUUCACAUCCAGUCACGUGCACGGCUGAUAUUGGUCU